UCGGGCAGCAGGGAGGGGGGUUCCUUCCUUUCUUCUCUUUCCCCCCGGACCUGUGUGAGUUGGUACCGUCCUUGGGACCCUUUUACCGUGGGAGGGAAGUUGUGGCGCCCCCUGGCGGCCGUACCGGAGGCUCGCGGAGCAGCGGCCCGCCCGUCCUGCCUCCUGGCCUCCAUCCCUGACCCCAUCCCUGCUUCCCGGCCCCUAUCCCUACCUCCAUCCGGCCUCCAUAUCCCUACCUCCUCCCGGCUUCCGUCCCUGACCCCAUUCCUGCCUCCUGGCGUUUAUCCCUGCCUCCGUCCUGCCUCCCGGCCUCCCUCCCUGCCUCCCUCCCUGUCUCCCGGCCCCCAUCCCUGCCUGCCUGCUCUCCUCCCUCCCAGCCUUUCAGCAUCCUUUCCUGUAGCAGUUGUUACUAUCCGCCCUCCUCCCUCCCCGUUUCCCAUCCGCUCCCGUUGCAGUGGCGGCGUGCCCGGCCGGGGGCAGGGCAGGCCCGGCCAUGCUGCCCUCCUUCAGUUACCUGACCGAACACACCGGCUUCCGCGGCACCAUCAAAAACUCCCCCGCCGACUUCGUAGUGACAGAAAUAGAGGUGCCCGAACGCUUCCUUGGGGACAGCGGGGCUGAACUGCCUCAGAAAACCAGCGAGGCGCUGCCGGAGCAAAGCGCCCCGUGCUCCCCCCAGCCCAAACAGCGAAGAGCGGAGGCCCCCGGCCCGGGUCCCGGGACCCCGGAGCGCGACCCGGGCCGGGCAGGGGGCGGCUGUGCUGCAUCCUCUGGCAAGAAACAGCGUGAGGGAGCACCUGAGCCGAAAUCCGGCCUCGAGGAAGCCAAACUGGAGUCCUUACUCGGCAAACCCAUGAGCGAACUGCUCAAUAAGUUUGCUUGCGAUCUGAAGGAAGCGUGGGGCUUGGAAAAUAACCCGAGUGCUGGCACUAGGGAGCUCUCGCUAGGACCCAGGCUGGACAAGAAAAGUCGGGCUGAUUUACACAGUGCUGUUAGGCAGACAUUCCCCUUUUUAGUCACCGUUACAAAAGACAAUGAAAUGAUUGUAAAAGGAAAUGCUGAUUACAGAGAACUUUGUCAGUUAGUGACUGAAAAGGAAACAAGUGAUUUCUUUAAAUUUUUAGAUGCAAAGCUAGAAAAUUCGACGUUUUCUUUUGAGCCUGAUGGAAACAAAGAGCACAGAAAAGUAGUUCACCAUUUUCUCAAUAGAAAAUUCGGAAAACUUUUAGAAACAAAGUCUUUUACUGUGACAGAUGUCAAUGAUCAGCCAAAUAUGUCAAUAGUGGUACGGUUUCGAGAAAAAUGUGGGUCCAGAAAAAGGUCUGCUGGUGGUUCACAGGAAAAGCAAGAUGUUUAUACAGCUUUCACCCUUCAGAAAGAAAAUCUAGAAACACUAGAAGCAAUUGGCUUGUUGGCAGCAGAACUCGAUGUUCUUCCUUCAGACUUCAGUUACACUGGCAUCAAAGAUAAGAAGGCUAUCACUUUCCAACCUAUGGUUGUGAAGAAGGUGACUCCUGAGAGGUUGAAAGAAAUUGGAAACAAAAUGGAAAAAAAGGGCAUGAGAAUAUACAACAUACGUUCAACGUACCAGCACCUCAGGCUUGGUCAGCUGAAAGGCAAUCACUUUGACAUAAUUGUGAGAGAUCUCCAAAAGCACAGUCACGACUCUUCUGCAGAUUUAAAAAAAAGAAUAUCUGAAGCAAUGGAAAAUGUUGAGACAAAAGGUUUUGUAAAUUACUAUGGACCUCAGCGAUUUGGACAAGGACAAAUUGUUCAGACAGAUCAAAUAGGAUUGGCUUUACUGAGUGAAAAAAUGGUGGAAGCCGUGAAGUUGUUCUUCACACCUGAAGAUACUGAUGAUCCUGUAAACAAUGCAAAAAGAUACUUUCUUCAAACUGAAGAUGCAAAGGGCACGCUCGUGAUGCUGCCAGAAUUUAAAGUUAGAGAGAAGAUGUUGCUACGAGCUUUAAAUCGCUAUGGUGUAAAUCAUGAAGGCUGUACCAAAGGAUGGCUCAACAUUCCUCAUUCCUUGCGCAUAUUCUAUGUCCAUGCUUAUUGCAGUAAAAUUUGGAAUGAAGCAGCAUCAUAUAGGCUGAAGAUUUAUGGCUUAAAAGUGGUUGAGGGUGAUCUUGUACUCUCAGAAGAAAAUGAUGAAAGCAUUUCCCUAAAUGACAAGGUUCAUGUAGUCACUGCUUCAGAAGAGUCAGCUGGAAAGUAUUCUAUAUACCAGGUGGUUCUUCCAAUGGUGGGACAUAGUAUCAAGUAUCCCAGUAAUAAAGUUGGAGAGUGGUACCAUGAAAGACUUUCUAAGGAUGAACUGGAAAUGUGCAAAUUCAGAGUGUCACCAUUACAGCUGAAUAUACCUGGAUGCUACCGACUCAUUUUGAAAAAUGUUCAGAAUCUGUCAUAUUUUUUGGAAGGUGGUGAAAAAGGGAUCAAAAUUGAGGACAACCAUCUGAAUGAUUUAAAAGUCUCUCUUCAUAUAUCAUUUGACCUUGAUCCUUCCUGUUAUGCAACGGUCUGUCUGAGAGAAAUAAUGAAAUGUGACUUUUAAGAUUCCACUUAAUGAAAGAUUGCAGGAAUAUUGUUCAAUGUUUAUAUUUUAUGUGUAAUGCCAAGAACAUAAGGGAGAAUAACAGGUUCAAAUCAUGAACAGGAAAAAUGUGUAGAUUGAGAUUCAUAGAGAUUAGGAAAAAAACUCAUGCAAAUCCUUUGGAAUACUCAAAAAACUAUCCAAACUCUAAAUGCAAAGCCUUGAAAGCAUUGGAGUAAAGCUGUAUGUUAUACCAGGCAGGUCUAACAGAACUUAAAGAAACCAUGAGCAGCUAGCAUGAAUUUCCUCUUUGGUAGAUAUCUGACUUGCAGAGUUAAAUCCUGGAAAAGUAUUUGCAGCAAACAAAUGUAUCUUGUUUUCCGUAGUAUUUUUCUUUAAUGUUUUAUACUAAAUGCUGUUCAAGCAAUAAUGUUAGAAGUUUGCAGCCUAUGGGUAUCUAACUGAAAAGUUA